AUGGCUGAGGUGACAGAUGAUAGUCUUAAUCAGACAACUGAUAUUCCGAAAGAAGAAGCUAAUAAUAAAAGCAAUAAAUCAGAUAGCUCUAAAGAGCUGUAUAAUAUAGGGAGUACCCUAUUUACCUGGCUAAAUAAUAGGAAUUUGGUUGAGAUCUACCAUCCUCAUGGUGAUAUCAAGAGCCCUAAAAAAGGUAAGUAUGCAAAGUAUAUCACCUAUGUUAGGUGUGUAUUUGACAUUAAGGAGCUACCGCUCCAUAUAGCAUUACCUAUGGUGUGUCCACCACUUGAAUUGAAUGGAGGAAUCGCAGACCCAAACGGCUGA